UGCAGUUUCUCCUUCACGUUUAGAGACAGCUGGAGGUGUAAUGGCAGACAGGCGUACCAGAAGCAUGAAGAACUCAAAUCUGAGCAGGACCGCAGUGAACCGGGCCUCGAUGAUUGCUUUACAGCUCCAGGGCGAGUCUUCCAAGUUACUGGAGCUCUAUAGACAGAAGGAGAGCUUUCCUGCAGAUGCGACUGAUGGACGUCUGGUUUUGGUCCCUCCUUCUUCCUCUCAGCUGGACACCAGAGACAAGCUGUGGCGCCUCCACUCUGCUCUGCUGCAAACCCAAAGCUUGUUGGAGAGGGCCAUCACCAAAGAGGAGGAAGAACUGGGUGGUGGGAUAAAGGGGGAGUAUGAGAACCAGAGGAAGACUGUGAAGGGAAGGCUUUCUUUCCUCCUUCUCACCACUGGAAACCUUCUCAAAGCUGUCGAUGGAGCUGCCAGUUUGACUCCAAGCCUUGAGGGGUUGGAGUUAGAUGGUCCGGCCACUCUGUUUCAGCUGAAGCUAUGGCUGCUUCAGGUCUUCAGCGAGGUGCAUCACUGGAGCAAGGCAGCCGUGACCACCCUGCAAGAGCUGCUGACGAAUGCUGCAGACGAGCGAAGCAGCACCACCCGGGUCAGGAGCACAAGAAGUGCUCGACGAUGAGAAGGAGACAGGAGGAGGGUGUCUGUGGCAGAAAUUACUACGCUCCAUGCCAGGUAUUUUAGGGUCAGAUCAGAACAAGGACUCAAGUGAAGUCAGACAUGACAAAAUAGAAAGAUGCUCGGAAAUUUGUCAGACGGAGAAGAAUGAGAGUAAAACAGAAAGUUAAAUGGGUUUUUGCGUAUUUAUUUAUUUUAAAGGAGGAAAUAAGACAUUUUUUUAAAGUGAUGAUAUAAACUUUCUUUCAUAUUCUUCCUGAAAAAGAAUGAUACAUUUCCUUUCUUGAUGUAAUAUGAUAUUUAGUAUGACUUUUUAGUUCAGCACUUCCUUCAAACACAUGCAUGACAUUCUUAUGCAAUCUCUCAAACUUACAUGUGCUGCUGUACUUCCUGUCUAUACUGUACUGCUGUGCAGCAAUAAUGCACAAUACAACAGCACCCUCUAGUGGUUACAUAGCACUGUUACUUCGCUUCAUGCUGUUAUUUCUCCAAAUUUUUUAAAGUGAUAUUUAUUUCAUUUCUAUAUGCAAAGCUUAUUUGAAAAAAAAAAUAGCUGUAUGUAUAUUUUAAAGUUUUCAUACUACUUCAGGAUAAUAUUUUACAUCUGCUUAGAUAAGUUCAAGUUAAAAAUGGUUUGUAAGCGAAUGAAUGAAACAGAAUCCGCUGUUCUUUUUUGGCUCAGUUUAAUCAAGCAA